CGCGCAGCCCCCUGGACUCCGCGCCCCGCGCCGCCGCCCAGUCCGCAGAUCCGCGCCUCCGCGGCCAGUCUCACCUGGCGGCGCCGCCCGCCCGCCACUCCGGCCGCAGCCCCAGCGCCCACGGCAACAGCCGCGGCGACUGCGACAGUGGUGGAGGACACUGCUGAAUCGAAGAGAGCGCAGCGCGGCCACCGGACUGACUCACUCGCCUUGCUGAUUGUCUAUUUUUUUACGAGUUUACAACUUCUCUAAGAACUUUUGUAUACAAAGGAACUUUUUUAAAAAGGCAUCUCCCGUUUAUAUUUAAUCCAAAGAAGAAGGAUCUCGGGCAAUUUGGGGUUUUUGGUUUUGGCUUCGUUUCUAAGUCUUUUUUUUCUCCCUCUUCGUCGACUUCGGGGCUAGGGUACCCCCACGGCUUCGGACUCCCGAGGACCUUCUGGGCCCCCACAUUAAUGAGGCAGCCACCUGGCGAGUCUGACAUGGCUGUCAGCGACGCGCUGCUCCCGUCCUUCUCCACGUUCGCGUCCGGCCCGGCGGGAAGGGAGAAGACACUGCGUCCAGCAGGUGCCCCGAAUAACCGCUGGCGGGAGGAGCUCUCCCACAUGAAGCGUCUUCCCCCUGUGCUUCCCGGCCGCCCCUACGACCUGGCGGCGGCGACCGUGGCCACCGACCUGGAAAGUGGCGGAGUCGGCGCGGCGUGCGGCGGCAACAACCCAGCGCUCCUACCCCGGAGGGAGACGGAGGAGUUCAACGAUCUCCUGGACCUGGACUUUAUCCUCUCCAACUCCCUGUCCCAUCAGGAGUCUGUGGCCGCCACCGUGUCCUCCUCUGCGUCAGCCUCCUCCUCGUCCUCGCCGUCGAGCAGCGGUGCUGCCAGCGCGCCCUCCACCUGCAGCUUCAGCUAUCCGAUCCGGGCCGGCGGCGACCCGGGCGUGGCGCCAGGCGGCACGGGCGGCGGCCUCCUCUACGGCCGGGAGUCGGUGCCUCCUCCCACAGCUCCCUUCAACCUGGCGGACAUCAACGACGUGAGCCCCUCGGGCGGCUUCGUGGCUGAGCUCCUGCGGCCCGAGUUGGACCCGGUGUAUAUUCCGCCGCAGCAGCCUCCGCCGCCAGGGGGCGGGCUGAUGGGCAAGUUUGUGUUGAAGUCGUCGCUGAGUGCCCCCGGCAGCGAGUACGGCAGCCCGUCGGUCAUCAGUGUUAGCAAAGGCAGUCCGGACGGCAGCCACCCGGUCGUGGUGGCGCCCUACAGCGGCGGGCCCCCGCGCAUGUGCCCCAAGAUCAAGCAGGAGGCAGUCUCGUCCUGCACCGUCGGUCGGCCGCUAGAGGCCCACUUGGGCACCGGACCCCCUCUCAGCAAUGGCCACCGGCCACCGGCGCACGACUUCCCCCUGGGGCGGCAGCUCCCCAGCAGGACUACCCCGACCCUGGGUGCCGAGGAACUGAUGAGCAGCAGGGACUGUCAUCCUGCCCUACCGCUCCCCCCCGGCUUCCAUCCCCACCCGGGGCCCAACUACCCACCCUUCUUGCCGGACCAGAUGCAGCCACAGGUCCCGCCGCUCCAUUACCAAGGUCAGUCCCGGGGAUUCAUAGUUCGGGCUGGGGAGCCCUGCGAAUGCCGGCCCUCCAGGGCUCAGUGGAUGAUGCUGACCCCACCUUCUUCACCCCUAGAGCUCAUGCCACCUGGUUCCUGCAUGCCGGAGGAGCAGAAACCAAAGAGGGGGAGAAGGUCGUGGCCGCGGAAAAGGACAGCCACUCAUACUUGUGAUUAUGCGGGCUGUGGCAAAACCUACACAAAGAGUUCUCAUCUCAAGGCACACCUGCGAACCCACACAGGUGAGAAGCCUUACCACUGUGACUGGGAUGGCUGCGGGUGGAAAUUUGCCCGCUCUGACGAACUGACCAGGCAUUACCGGAAACACACCGGGCACCGCCCCUUUCAGUGCCAGAAGUGCGACCGGGCCUUCUCCAGGUCGGACCACCUCGCCUUACACAUGAAGAGGCACUUUUAACUCCCGAGACAGUGGAUAUGACCCACACUGCCAAGAAGAGAAUUCAGUAUUUUUUACCUUUCAUACUGUCUUCCCCGGGAGGGGAGGAACCCAGCUGGAAAGCACUACAAUCAUGGUCAAGUUCCCAACAAGCCAACUUGUGAAUGGAUAAUCAGGAGACACAAGGAAACCAGACACAAGGAAACCAGAAGACAAAUCAAAGAACAGAUGGGGUCUGUGACUGGAUCUUCUAUCAUUCCAAUUCUCAAUCCAACUUGAAUAUUCCUGGACUUACAAAACGCCAAGGGGGUGACUGGAAGGUGUGGAUAUCAGGGUAUAAAUUAGAUCCAUGAGUUGGGGGGGAGGGAAGACCAGAAUUCCCUUGAAUUGUUUCGAUGCAAUAUAAGUAUAAAGAUCA